GUGGACUGUGUAAAUGGGGCUUUUAUAUUUGGCAAUGCAAUGACUUCUUCACUCCUUGUCGUAAAAUUUUCUCAAGCUAGUGGAAUUUAUGGUGCUGUAAAGUCAAGGUCAAGAUUUGAUCAUUAUAAAUCAAUUAUAAAUUUUAAUUUCCGAGAACCACAAAUUUUCCUAAAAUCUAAUCCGGAUUAUAAAGAAACUUGCUUGGAUAAAGGUGCACGUUUAGAAGGUGAAAAUAUUGUUCAAAUGGAGCCUGUAAAGAAGAGUGGAUGUUCAAUACUAUUAUAUAAGCUUUUAGAUUUCAUUCCAUUUUUGAAAAAUUCUCGCUCAGUUAAUCCUACAGAAUGGCAUGGACUUCCUAGAUAUCCUUAUGUACCAUAUGAUGAAUAUGCAAAAGUAUCAACAGUGCUAGAUUGUCUUUUGAUGGAGAUGACUUAUUAUGCUGAUGUUGCUGGUAGGGUUCCUCAAAUGCCAUUACCAAAUGCAGAUGACAUAGAUAUUGGUAAUG